AUGUGGCCGCGAGCCGCGUUCCGCUCCCUCACCUCCCAUCCCUCUCCAUCCUCCCCUCAGCUCAAGCAGUCCACAGCCCGUAUCGCCUCCUCCCUCUCCGCCCCUCAUGGCGCCACUUCGCCCGCCGCCCUCCUGACUGUCGCCGCACGCGUCUUAUCGCCGUCGCGUGCACACUCCUCGUCGCCCGCCUCGCUGCCCGAGCGCGCUGUCUUUGAAGGCGACCGCCUCACGGGGGCGGAUGGAGAGAGCGGUGACGCCCCGGGGGCAGAUUUGCCGAGUCGGCGCAUGAAUGUGUUCACGGCGGUGAACGAUGCGCUCUUCAUCGCACUCGACUCCGACCCCAGGUCGUUCGUGUUCGGCGAGGACGUGGGCUUCGGUGGCGUCUUCCGCUGCACCUCGGGACUCUCAGAGCGGUUCGGCCGCCACCGAGUAUUCAACACGCCGCUCUGCGAACAGGGCAUAGCGGGCUUCGCCGUGGGUCUUGCUGCCAUGGGCAACACGGCGAUAGCGGAGAUCCAGUUCGCGGACUACAUCUUUCCUGCAUUCGACCAGAUUGUGAACGAGGCGGCCAAGUACCGCUACCGCAGUGGCAACCAGUUCAACUGCGGAGGGCUGACGAUCCGAGCGCCGUACGGGGCGGUGGGGCAUGGGGGGCACUACCACUCGCAGUCGCCAGAGGCCUUCUUCUGCCACGUGCCAGGCCUCAAGGUGGUGGUGCCGCGAGGGCCCGUGCAGGCCAAGGGGUUGCUGCUGUCUGCCAUCCGCGAUGCCAACCCCUGCAUCUUCCUCGAACCCAAGUGGCUGUACCGCCUGGCAGUGGAGCCCGUACCCCUGCACGACUACAUGCUACCGCUCUCCUCCGCUCAGGUAGUGCGGGAGGGCACGGACGUGACAGUGGUGGGAUGGGGGGCGCAGCUGGCGGUGUUGCUGCGAGCAGCAGAGGAGGCUGCCCAGGUGGGCAUAUCGUGUGAGGUCAUCGACCUGCAGACGCUGCUGCCCUGGGAUGCUGCCACCGUUGAAGCCUCCGUCAGCAAAACCGGCCGCCUCCUGGUGAGCCACGAGGCGCCUGUGACGGGUGGAUUCGGUGCGGAGAUAGCGGCCACCAUCACCCACCGCUGCUUCCUCCGGCUGCAAGCCCCCGUGGCACGUGUGUGCGGGCUGGACACACCCUUCCCGCUUGUGUUUGAACCCUUCUACCUCCCAACGCAGGACAAGAUCGUGGAGGCUCUGAAACAACUCAUCCAGUACUGA